CCCUCGAAGAACUUUUGAAACUUGAACUACACAAACAUGAAGAGGAAAUCAAAAAUACCGUUGAUCGUGCCAUUAAAGAAAUGAGUGUUACCAAAAUUCUAGAUGAGAUUAAAGUCACCUGGUCUGAUAUAAAAUUCGAUACGGAAAUUCAUCAGCAACGUGCUGACAUACAAUUACUCAAAGUAUCCGAAGGUCUUAUCGAAACAUUGGAUGACAAUCAAAUGCAAAUACAAAAUAUAGCCACCUCUAAGCAUGUGGAAUAUCUUUUGGAUAAACUCACCCACUGGCAGCGAGUAUUAAGUAGUGUGGAUUUAUUUAUAAGCAAUUGGUUUGAGGUGCAAAGAAAAUGGGUUUAUUUGGAGUGUAUUUUUAUAGGCUCUCCAGAUAUAAGAGCACAACUGCCACGAGAAGCACAAUUUUUCGAAGAAAUUGAUAAGGAUUUUACGCAACUCCUUAAAGAAGUAACCGCAGUACGUUAUGCUAUAGUUAUAGUGCAAGAUCACCAGCAUGUAUUUUCUUCGUUGGAUAUACUGCAGAAACGUCUGUCGGUUUGUGAAAAGGCUUUAAAUGAAUAUCUGGAAACCAAACGGUUGGCAUUUCCCCGUUUCUAUUUUAUAUCAUCGGCUGAUUUAUUGGAUAUUUUAUCAAAUGGCAAUAAUCCUUUAGUUAUUGAUCGCCAUUUUAUAAAAUUAUUUGAUUCUAUUUUACGUUUAUCCUAUGAAUCCACUACCAAAAAAGCUUUGGGAAUGUUUUCUAAAGAAAAUGAUGAAUAUGUCCAUUUCACCUCGUCCGAAGGUGUUUUAUGUUCGGGCCGUGUAGAAAUUUGGCUUGACGAUCUUAUCAAUGAAAUGCGCCGCACUUUGCAUGAACUCUUCAAAAGAGCUUUAAAUGUUUAUCUGGAAAAAACUCGUGAAAAAUGGCUUAAUGAUUGGCCAGCUCAAGUGGCCUUAUGUUGCAGUCAAAUCUGCUGGACUGCCGAUGUUAAUCGUGCCUUUGCCUGGAUGGAAGAAGGUUAUGAGGCAGCCAUUAAAGAAUUACACAAGAGACAAAUAAUACAACUGAACUCUUUGAUUAAUUUAUUGUUAGGAGAACUAACACCAGGAGAUCGUCAAAAAAUAAUGACCUUGUGUACCAUAGAUGUGCAUUCUCGUGAUGUGGUGGGCAAAAUUAUACAGGCACGUGUCGACAGUUCAUUGGCCUUCCAAUGGCAGAGUCAAUUGCGCCAUCGUUGGGAUGAUGACACUUUGGUGGGUGGCGCAAGUGGUGAAUUAGAAAGGGAUGCUGAUUGUUUUGCAAAUAUUUGCGAUGCUGAAUUUCGUUAUGCCUACGAAUAUUUAGGCAAUACAUCACGUUUAGUUAUAACACCAUUAACGGAUCGCUGUUAUAUUACAUUAACACAGUCAUUGCAUCUUGUUAUGGGUGGUGCACCAGCCGGGCCAGCUGGUACAGGAAAAACUGAAACCACAAAAGAUCUAGGACGUGCACUGGGCGUAAUGGUUUAUGUGUUCAAUUGUUCUGAGCAAAUGGACUAUAAAUCCUGCGGUAAUAUUUACAAAGGUCUUGCACAGACAGGUGCAUGGGGUUGCUUUGAUGAAUUCAAUCGUAUCUCGGUGGAGGUGCUGUCUGUGGUUGCGGUGCAAGUUAAGACCAUACAGGAGGCGAUAAAGAUGCACAAAACAUCAUUCGUAUUCAUGGGAGAAAAAAUACCUUUAGUGUCAUCGAUUGGCAUUUUUAUUACAAUGAAUCCUGGAUAUGCUGGCCGUACUGAAUUGCCUGAGAAUCUUAAGAGUUUGUUUCGUCCUUGUGCCAUGAUUGUGCCCGAUUUUGCCUUGAUAUGUGAAAUUAUGCUUAUGGCUGAAGGCUUCCAAGAUGCUCGUUUAUUGGCUCGUAAAUUCAUUACUUUAUAUACCUUGUGUAAGGAGUUGCUGUCCAAACAGGAUCAUUACGAUUGGGGCUUGAGAGCCAUCAAGUCGGUAUUAGUGGUGGCUGGAACUUUGAAAAGAGAUGACCAUAGUCGUCCUGAAGAUCAAGUUUUAAUGAGAGCCUUAAGAGAUUUUAAUAUACCCAAAAUUGUCACUGAAGAUAUAUCGAUUUUUAUGGGACUAAUAGGCGAUCUGUUUCCGGCUUUAGAUGUGCCCCGCAAAAGAGUGUUCGAUUUUGAGAAAACCAUACGUCGAGCAGUCAAUGAUAUUAAACUUCAACCAGAAGAAGGAUUUCUAAUGAAGGUAGUACAAUUGCAAGAACUUUUGGACGUACGUCAUUCCGUAUUUAUAGUGGGUAAUGCUGGCACCGGGAAGACCAAAAUUUGGCAAACUUUGCGAGAAACAUAUCGUAUACAAAAACUUAAACCCGCUUGCAAUAUUCUUAACCCCAAGGCCUUAACCAAUGAUGAACUAUUUGGCAUUGUUAAUCCUACGACGAGAGAAUGGAAGGAUGGUUUAUUCUCUUCCAUAAUGAGGGAACAAGCUAAUAUGACAAACACUAACCCUAAAUGGAUUGUAUUGGAUGGUGAUAUUGAUCCUAUGUGGAUUGAAAGUUUAAAUACUCUAAUGGAUGAUAAUAAGAUUUUAACAUUGGCCAAUAAUGAACGCAUUUCAUUAAAGAAAGAAAUGCGUUUACUGUUUGAGGUAGGUCAUUUAAAAGCUGCCACACCGGCCACAGUUUCCAGAGCUGGUAUAUUGUACAUAAAUCCUUUGGAUUUAGGUUGGUCUCCUUACGUUUCUUCUUGGCUGGAAACUCGUUCUGAUAUGAUUGAACGCGGUAUUUUAAAUGGACUCUUUGAAAAGUAUUUCCCCAAGCUUUUACUAAGGCAUAGAGAUUUUCGCCGUAUUAUUCCCAUCUCAGAUAUGGCUGUCAUACAAAUGUCAUGCAAUCUCUUAGAAUGUUUACUUGAUUCUCACGAUGAUACUGAUGCAACACCCUCAACCAAUGUCGUGAAUCCUCAUAGUUUACAUCAUAGUGGUGUAGCUCCCGAUUCAUUGGAAUUAUACAUUGAAUUGAUAUUUGUCUAUGCCGUUAUGUGGGGCUUUGGUUCGGCUUUGUAUCAGGAUCAUAUAAUCGAUUGGCAUCGGGAAUUCCAUAAAUGGUGGACCACAGAGUUUAAAGAUAUUAAACUACCUUCUCAAGGCACAAUAUACGAUUAUUAUUUGGAUAUUAAAUCAGAGAAAUUUAUACGCUGGUCGGAGUUAGCUAGUCAAAAACAAAUAACCAUUAUACCAGAGCCCCACUUACCCAUACAAAAUAUAUUAAUACCCACAAUUGAAACUACUCGUCUGGUAUAUUUUCUAGAACUUUUGGUUAAUCGUAAUCUGCCCUGUAUGCUGGUGGGUAGUUCAGGUUGUGGCAAAGGAGCCAUAUUUCGUGAAUUCUUCUCUCAAUAUGCUAAUGCUCAAGAUUCAAUCGAUGGCUUAGGUAUUAAACCACAACUUUCCACUUCAAGACGUUUAUCUCAAGCAACUCCUAAAUUAAAGGCGUUAGUAUCCACCACAGUGCAAACAACUCACUUUAAUUUCUAUACAUCCUCGGAAAUAUUUCAAAAAAUACUUGAUCGUCCUUUGGAAAAGAAAUCGGGUAGAACAUAUGCUCCCUCGGGUGCCAAAAGUCGUUUGAUAUAUUUUAUUAAUGAUUUAAAUAUGCCGGAAGUAGAUGCUUAUGGCACCGUACAGCCUCACACAAUAAUGCGACAAUUUAUGGACUACAAACAAUGGUAUGAUCGCCAAUGUCUGCAAUUGAAAAACAUACGUCACUGUCAAUUUGCUGCCUGCAUGAAUCCCACAGCUGGCUCUUUUACCAUUGAUCCUCGCUUGCAGAGACACUUUUGUGUCUUCUCUGUUGCCUCUCCUAGUGAAUUUACUUUGCAAUAUGUUUAUGGCAGCAUAUUAAGUGCACAUUUAGAAAAUCCCUGCAAUAAUUUCAGUAAGGAAAUUAAAUCCAUUGCUCAGGUUUUGGUUAAAGUGGGUAUAGCUCUGCAUAGACGCAUGGAAUGCGCAUUUCUGCCAACGGCCGUUAAGUUCCACUAUAUCUUUAAUAUGCGCGACUUGACACACAUUUAUCAGGGUCUGUUGAAUAGCAUGGGUGCUCCCAACGUGGAAACUAAUAAUAUGGUCAGUACAAGAAAUUUUGGGGGUACGAUUUGUAAUAAACCUGCCGAUCUUAUACGUCUUUAUGUUCAUGAAGCUUUUCGUGUAUACCAAGAUCGUUUAGUAGAUCCCUAUGAUAUUAAAUCAUUUCGCAGUUCUAUACGCGAUAUAUUCAAAAAAGACAUAGAAGAUUUUGAUGAGGAAUAUGUAUUCUCAGAUCCAUUAAUAUAUUGUCAUUUUGCUCAGUCGCUAGCAGAUCAAAAGUACAUGCCCUUAAAGAGCUGGGAUUGUUUGUAUCAACUGUUAAUGGAGGCUCAGGCAAAUUAUAAUGAAGUUAUGGGUUAUAUGAAUCUGGUUUUAUUCGAGGAUGCCAUGAAACAUGUGUGUCGUAUCAAUCGUAUAUUGGAAAGUCCUCGCAAUAAUGCCUUACUGGUUGGUGUGGGUGGUUCGGGCAAACAAACCUUAGCCCGUUUAGCUUCCUUUAUUUCCUCGUUUAGUGUUUUUCAAAUACAAAUAAAACGAGGAUUUUCCCUGCAAGACAUGAAGGAAGAAAUUGGGGCACUAUACAUGAAAGUUGGUUUGAAAAAUAUGGCUUCAGUAUUUCUAAUGUCCGAUGCUCAAAUACCCGAUGAAUCUUUAUUAAUGCUUAUAAAUGAUUUGCUGGCGGCUGGUGAAAUACCUGAACUAUUCAGUGAUGAUCAAUUAGAUACCAUAGUUAAUGGCAUACGCAAUGAGGUUAAACAAAGCGGUAAUCUCGAUACUAAAGAAAAUUGCUGGAGAUAUUUUGUGGAUAAAGUAAGACGACUAUUACGUUUAAUACUCUGCUUUUCACCGGUGGGUCAAACGUUACGUGUACGUGCUCGUAAAUUUCCCGCCAUACUAAGUCACACCUGCAUUGAUUGGUUUCACGAAUGGCCAAAGUCAGCUUUGGAAUCUGUAUCACAAACAUUUUUAAGCGAAAUUAACACACAAAUAUUACCACGUGAACUUAUUAAUCCUGUCGGUUGUUUUAUGGCCUACGUACAUGGUACAGUGAAUCAGAUUUCAAAGAUUUAUUUGCAAAACGAAAAACGUUAUAAUUAUACGACACCGAAAACAUUUCUCGAAUACGUAUUUCUAUACCGCAAAUUGUUGGUAGAUCGAAGUGGUGAACAUACAAGCCGUAUACAACGCUUACAGAGUGGCAUGGCGAAAUUGGCAGAAUGUGCACGUCAAGUAGAUACACUAAAGAAUCAAUUGGCCGUACAGGAAAUUGAAUUAAAUGCCAAAAAUGCUGCUGCCGAUAAACUCAUAUUGAUUGUUAGUGCCGAAAGUGAAAAAGUUAAACAUGAAAAACAUAUUGCUUCAGAAGAGGAGAAACGUGUGCGUAUUAUCGAAGAAGAUGUUUCAUUAAAGACAAAACUAUGUGAAGAUGAUUUACGUAAAGCUGAACCGGCUUUAGUUGCUGCCCAGGCUGCUUUAAAUACUUUAAAUAAAAACAAUUUGACGGAAUUGAAAUCGUUUGGUUCUCCGCCCAAGGCUGUGGUGAAUGUCUGUUCAGCUGUAAUGGUUUUAUUUGCUGUCAAUGGUAAAAUUCCCAGAGAUCGUAGCUGGAAGGCGGCCAAAUUAAUGAUGGUUCGAGUGGAUCAGUUUUUGAAUGAUUUAGUAAAUUACAAUAAGGAUAAUAUACAUCCAAAUGUUAUAGAAGUAUUACAGGAAUAUUUAAAGGAUCCCGAGUUUAAACCCGAUAAAAUCGUUCAAAAAUCGGUAGCAGCUGCCGGUCUAUGUGCCUGGGUCAUCAAUAUACAUCGUUACCAUCAAGUUUUUCUUAUUGUGGGUCCCAAACAACAAGCGCUUAAAGAUUCGCAAAAUGAAUUGUUCACUGCUAGAGAGCGUCUUGAUUAUCUCAAGGUGAAAAUCAAUAAUUUGGAACGAAAACUAAGUGAAAUUCAAGCUGAAUUUGAAGAUGCCAUAAAAGAGAAACAAAAAUGUCAACAUGAGGCUGAUAAAACUACGUUCACUAUCGAUUUAGCACAUCGUUUAGUUAAUGGUUUGGCCAAUGAGAAUAUUCGUUGGAAGGAAUCUGUACAGAAUCUACAGAGUAAGAGUUCGACACUACCUGGUGAUAUCCUGCUAAUUUCCUCUUUUCUGUCGUAUGCUGGUUGCUUUACACGUCGUUAUCGCGAAGAGUUGCAGCAGAAAAUGUGGAUGUCAAACUUUCGUAAAAUUCAACCCCCUAUUCCGCACACGGAUUGUCGAGAUCACUUGUCAUUGUUCACCGAUGAUGCUCAAAUAGCAACUUGGAAUAAUGAAGGCUUGCCAAUGGAUCGUAUGUCCACAGAAAAUGCCACUAUUCUAGUGCAUUCCACACGUUGGCCUCUUAUGAUUGAUCCGCAAUUACAAGGCAUCAAAUGGAUUAAGAAUCGUUUUGGGGAUGACCUAAUCAUAAUACGUCUCACACAAAAGAAUUUUCUUGACAUCUUAGAGAAAGCCAUGUCUAAUGGAGAUACUGUACUCCUCGAACAAAUUGAAGAAACUGUGGAUACUGUACUUGAACCUUUACUCAGUCGGGCUCUAAUUAAACGUGGUCGUUUUAUAAGAAUUGGUGAUAAAGAACUUGAUUUCAAUCCUAAAUUUCGCCUUAUACUCCACACAAAACUAGCAAAUCCUCACUACAAACCAGAAAUGCAAGCUCAGACCACACUCAUUAAUUUUACUGUAACUCAAGAUGGUUUGGAAGAACAGCUUUUAGCGGAAGUGGUUAAAAUAGAAAGACCCGAUUUAGAAGAAAUGAAAACGAAACUAACCAUACAACAAAAUAAAUUUAAAAUUUCCCUUAAGGAAUUGGAAGAUGAUCUUUUGGCUCGUUUAGCCUCUGCGGGAGAAAAUGUCUUGGAUGACUAUGAACUGGUGGCCAAUUUGGAGUCUACUAAGCAUACCGUUGAUGAAAUAGAAAUAAAGGUGAAUGAAGCACGUGUUACUACUCUACAAAUCGAUGAGGCCCGUAAUAUGUAUAGAACGGCCGCGAAACGUGCCGCCAUUUUAUAUUUUGUACUCUCAGACUUAAGUCGUAUAAGUCCCAUAUACAGAUUUUCCUUAAAAUCGUUUAUGCAUGUCUUCAGGCAGGCUAUUGUGGUGGCUCCCCCAUAUAGACAAUAUGACAAACGUGUUGGUUCUUUGGUGGACUCAAUAACUUGCCAAACAUUUUUUUACGCCUUAAGAGGACUUUUUGAGAUAGAUAAAUUGACAUUUACCGCUCACAUGACUUUGCGUAUCUUGGCUGCUACCGAACAGAUUUCUUUAGAAGAAAUAGAUUUUCUUUUGCGUUUUCCUCAUGAUCCCAAUACCUUAUCACCUGUAGAUUUCAUAGGACGCAUUGCUUGGAGUGGCAUAAAGUCUUUGGCUUUAAUCGAUAAUUUCUAUGGCAUAGAUAAAGAUAUAGAAAAUUAUCCCAAACGUUGGCGUAAGUUCUCCACCAGUGAUGUGCCAGAAAGAGAACAAUUUCCGGGUGAGUGGAAGCAUCGCACACCUUUGCAAAAGUUGUGUAUUAUGAGAGCCUUAAGACCGGAUCGUGUUACCAAUGCAAUACGUUUAUUUGUGGAAGAAACAAUGGGUCAAGAAUAUGCCCAUGUAAAAACUUUCCAAUUAGCAGAUAUUUUUAGUGAAAUUAAUGCAGCCACACCCAUAUUUUUCAUACUUUGUCCGGGUGUUGAUCCUAUAUAUGACGUAGAAAGACUAGGCAUGCAAUUGGGGUUUAGUACUACAAACGAAAACUUAAUUAACAUUUCCCUAGGUCAAGGACAAGAAAUCGUAGCAGAACAGGCUAUUGCUAAAGCUUUGGAUACUGGACAACAAUGGGUGGUUUUACAAAACAUACAUUUGGUGGCUAACUGGUUGCCAACAUUGGAAAAACUUAUUGAAAGCAUAACUGCAGAAAGCGAACACCUUACGGAGUCCAAGUUUAGAUUGUUUAUAAGUGCCGAGCCAGCACCUGAUCCUCAGUAUCACAUUAUACCACAAGGUAUCUUAGAAUCUUCCUUGAAAAUAGUAAAUGAGCCGCCUUCAGGUAUGGCUGCUAAUAUGCAUAAGGCUUGGGAUAACUUUUCACAAGAAACAUUAGAGACCUGCACCCAAGAAGCAGAGUUUAAGUCGAUACUCUUCGCUCUUUGUUAUUUUCAUGCUGUCGCUGGUCAAAGGCGUAAAUUCGGUCCCUUGGGUUGGAAUAAGGUGUAUCCUUUUAACAUAGGAGAUUUGACAAUUUCCGCCUCGGUUUUACACAACUAUUUGGAGGGUAGCAAUCGCAUACCUUGGGAGGAUUUACGUUAUUUGUUUGGUGAGAUUAUGUAUGGUGGGCAUAUAACCGAUGAUUGGGAUCGUAGAUUAUGUCAGACUUAUUUGGAGGAGUUACUACAGCAAGAUUUAGUAGAUGGCGAUAUGAAAUUAUGUCCUGGAUUUCCCUCACCUCCAAAUCUAGACUUUCAAGGUUAUCACAACUAUAUUAAUGAAAUGUUACCGGCUGAAUCUCCAUUGCUGUAUGGCUUACAUCCGAAUGCUGAAAUUGGCUUUCUAACCAAUGCCUCGGAACAAUUACUCAAGACUGUAUUUGAAUUGCAACCCCGUCAAUCUGAACUUAGCACAGCUUGUGGUGCACCACGUGAGGAAUUAGUGAAAAUAAUGGCAGAUGAUUUUCUAGAUAAACUGCAAGUGGAAUUUAAUCUCCAGGCUUUAUUAAAUCGUGUAGAACGUAAAACGCCUUUUGUGGUGGUGGCCCUGCAAGAGUGUGAACGCAUGAAUAAUUUAAUAUGGGAAAUCAAAAGAUCCUUGCGGGAGCUGCUGUUAGGUUUAAAAGGAGAACUUACAAUAACCUCGGAAAUGGAACGGUUAGAUCAUGCUCUCUUUUAUGAUCAUGUACCAGAGUCUUGGACAAAUUUAGCGUAUCCCAGUAUGUUGGGUUUACAAAGCUGGUUUGCUGAUCUCUUGCAUCGCAUUAAGGAAUUGUCUUUGUGGCUAAAUGAUUUCAAAUUGCCCUGUAGCAUAUGGUUGGGUGGACUCUUUAAUCCACAGAGCUUUUUAACGGCCAUUAUGCAGGAAAGUGCUAGAAAACAUGAUCUCCCAUUAGAUCGUAUGUGUUUGGCAUGUGAUGUUACCAAAAAAGAUGUAGAUAGUGUGACCUUACCUCCUUUAGAGGGAGCUUUUAUACAUGGUCUCUAUUUAGAUGGUGCUAGCUGGGAUUGUCAGUUAAACUCUAUAGUGCCUUUACAUCCUAAAGAAUUAUUAUGUCCCAUGCCGGUUAUUUUCAUUAAAUCUAUUGUUCAAGAGAAACAGGAUCUGCAUCGUAUCUAUGAGUGUCCUUUGUAUAAGACUAGAUCGCGGGGCAAUACUUAUGUUUGGACUUUUAAUCUUAAAUCGCGUGAACGACCCUCUAAAUGGAUAUUGGGUGGAGUGGCUUUACUUUUACAACCUUAACUUAAAAAUUCACCGAUUUUAAAGCACUUAUUAUGCAAGACGCUGUUAUUAUUCUAUAACACUUUGUAAUGCACUUAUCAAUUGUUUGUUAA